CAAAUCUUCCUCUACUAAUGUGAAGAUCUUUAACUUCUGUCACCAGAGAAGUUGCUCCCCAGACAGAUGACAUAAUCCAUAGUCGAUAGGGAUUUUUUUUUUUUGAAUUAGGUUAUAACAAUGGAAUACAAAAUACAUGAGCGUAUUUGUACUGCAAAUGAGUCAUUUCCAUUCAAAGACAUUCAUAUUUAAUCAUAAUUCCGUGUGUGUUUUUUUUAUUACAUUAUGCACCCCUGCGGAAACUGUUACUAACGCAAUCGACGCCUCCAUGUGUAGGCAUUGAGUGUCCGCAGUGUAAAGGGUAUUUAUCUUGUUUUCCGGCUCUGAAUUACAGCCACCAAUGUCAUUUAAAACAGGCAUUUUUAGAUUAUAAUGUCCACUAGUUGAUUUAUAUGCGGGGAGGUUCGAAAUGUCUACGUCAAUUUAUAACGCUGGAUUAGAUCUCCAAUAACAUCAUAUUCCUUCCGCGAGAUGUAUAUGUAUCCUCAAUGUAUCCUUUUGUUCACAUUAAGGUAGAAGAGGAGGGCGGGGGUGGCAGUUUAAACUACAAAAGCGCUGUAGUCUACAAAAGUGAAAGUAAUGUCAAAAGGCACGCUUGCACGACGUCCAGAGCAGACACUAAAAGGGGGAAUCCUAAUGGUUACCAAGGCAACAUGACAAGUGACUUGGCAUGGAUCAUCAGAGCUUGUCUCUUUCAGGUGUGCCUGUGGAGAGCCUGUCUGUGUAAAGCGAAUGACUGCAUGCAUAACGAACUUCUGACAGAAAUGGUAGAACGUCUGCCAAAGGGCUAUUUGUUCAGAGUGAACAAAAGUGAGGAACGAUUUGUUGCAAAAGCCCUUAGCAGGUUCUAUGGGGAGAACUGUAAGAAGGACUUUGAAUGCAAAGAUUACACUGAAGACAAAACAAAUUCUACUGUAUGUUACUUACUGACCUGUCUGCAUGGGAAGGAACCUGAGUGUGUCUCCGAUGUCACAUACAGUCUAGCUGACGUGGAGUUGGUCAGUUUGAAAAGCUUCAAGUGUCUGGUUGAAGAUGCAUUCAAUCAGAAAUAUAAUUUGUCACAAGAACAAGAGGACGAAUGUGCUGAUGUUUUUGUUGAUGCAGUGAGAUGCCAAAAAGCAACUACACUUGAUACAAAAACUCCAACAAUAUAUACAACCACGUUACCCACCAUAAAUUACAAAACAUCGUCGAUCCCGCCCAAAACGUCAUCAUCGACAACACCACCACCACCGUCAUCAUUAACCUCGUCAACAAUAUCAAACAGCAACAUGGAGUCACAAGAGCAGCAAUUACAAAGUGGACUCCAAUCAAGUUGUAUAAACAUCUUAAGGAUGAUCAAUGGAAACAGGAUGUACCGGAGCUCAAAUACGAGUCUCAUAGCAAAGGGGAAGGUCAUAUCAGUCAGUACAUUGUUAGCUAUCUCUCUGAUAGCUAAUAUCCUCCUUUUGGGUGUUGUCAUCUUGCGGACCCGGGGGAGACGCCAGCAUGAGGGCGUGUCUCUUGCCAUGCCUGAACUGACAGUAUUUAACGGAGUAGAGGUAAAUCAUCUGAUGCAGAACGACAACGGAGAUGCUCUGCAGCACUGACCCCGUUCAGUGGAAUAAUCCAGCUCUCUUCCAUUUGCCCCUCGCUUUCAAUGGACAAAUAUAUAUCCUGAACCAAAUAAAAGGAGCCAACAGUCCUGCCUCUCUCUCUCUCUCUCUCGCUCUCUCUCACACACACGCUUCACACUUCCAGGGCUGAGGCCACAACUCUUCUUCUCCUGCCACUGGGAUUCUGGAGUUACUGUUGCAGACAUGAAUAAAAUCUCCCCUCCGUGUGUUUUAACAAGGAGAAUGGGAGAACUAAUAAAUGUCCGGCUGUCAAGAGUCUCUAAAGAACAAGACAUGGAUUAAGGGAACACGGUGGUCUUGAAUGUCACCCCCUGCCUUCAGUUGUCCGUUCAGCCCAAAGAUAAUAUGUUGAUGUGAAUGGGAAGAAAACAGUGAGAUGAACAACAAGAUGAACCCUUUAGGGACAUAUGUUUUGUAUUUGAGAUUCUUCAAAGUAGCCACCCUUUGCCUUGAUGACAGCUGUGUACAGUCUUGGCAUUCUCUCAACCAGCUCCAUGAGGAAUGCUUUUCCAACAGUCUUGAAGGAGUUUCCACAUAUGCUGAACACUUGUUGGCUGCUUUUCCUUCACUCUGAGGUCCAAGUCAUCCCAAACCAUCUCAAUUGGGUUGAGAUUGGUGAUUGUGGAGGCCAGGUCAUCUGAUGCAAUACACCAUCACUCUCCUUGGUCAAUAUCCCUUACCCCACCUGGAGGUGUGUUGGGUCAUUGUCCUGUUGAAAAACAAAUGAUAGUCCCACUAAGAGCAAACCAGAUUGGAUGGUGUAUCGCUGCAGAAUGCUGUGGUAGCCAUGCUGGUUAACGGUGCCUUGAAUUUUAAAUAAAUCGCAGGCAGUGUCACCAGCAAAGCACCAUCACGCCACCUCCUCCAUGCUUCACGGUGGGAAUCACACAUGUGGAGAUCAUAUGUUCACCUACUCUGCGUCUCACAAAGACACGGCGGUUGGAACCAAAAAUGUCACAUUUGGACUCAUCAGACCAAAGGACCGAUUACCACCAGUCUAUUGUCCAUUGUUCGUGUUUCUUGGCACAAGCACGUCUCUUCUUAUUAUUGGUGUCCUUUAGUAGGUGUUUCUUUGCAGCAAUUCGACCAUGAAGGCCUGAUUUACGCAGUCUCCUCUGAACAGUUGAUGUUGAGAUGUGUCUGUUACUUUAACUCUGUGAAGCAUUUUUUUGUGGGCUGCAAUCUGAGGUGCAGUUAACUCUAACUUAUCCUCUGCAGCAGAGGUAACUCUGGGUCUUCCUUUCCUGUGGCGGUCCUUGUGAGAGCCAGUUUCAUCAUAGUGCUGAUGGUUUUUGCGACAGCACUUGAAGAAACUUUAAAAGUUCUUGAAAUGUUCCCGGAUUGACUGACCUUCAUGUCUUUUCUCUUUGCUUAUUUGAGCAAUUUAUUUACCAAAUAGGGCUAUCAUCUGUGUACCACCCCUACCUUGUCACAACACAACUGCUUGUCUCAAACAUGCUAAGAAGGAAAGAAAUUCCACAAAUGAACUUUUAACAAGGCACACCUUUUCAUUGAAAUGCAUUCCAGGUGACUACCUCAUGUAGCUGGUUGUGAGAGAAUGUCAAGAGUGUGCGAAGCUGUAAUUAAGGCCAAGGGUGGCUACUUUGAAGAAUCUCAAAUAUAAAAUGCUUUUUGAAUUUGUUUAACACUUUUUUGGUUACUACAUUUAUUCCAUAUGUGUUAUUUCAUAGUUUUGAUGUCUUCACGAUUAUUCUACAAUGUAGAAAAUAGUAAAAAAUAAAGAAAAACCCUACCCUAAAAACACUACCGUUUAAACGUUUGGGGUCACUUAGAAAUGUCCUUAUUUUCCAUGAAAACAUACAUGAAAUGAGUUGCAAAAUGAAUAGGAAAUAUAGUCAAGAUGUUGACAAGGUUAUAGAUAAUGAUGUUUCGUUGAAAUAAUAAUGGUGUUCUUUGCAUUCAUCAAAGAACCCUCCAUUUGCAGCAAUUACAGCCUUGCAGACCUUUGGCAUUCUAGUUGUCAAUUUGUUGAGGCAAUCUGAAGAGAUUUCACCCCGUGCUUCCUGAAGCACCUCUGGUUGAUGGGCACUUCUUACGUACCAUACCAUACGGUCAAGCUGCUCUCACAACAGCUCAAUAGUGUUGAUAUCCGGUGACUGUGCUCCAACUAAGCGCCGUCCACAGGAUAUGGCAUGGCGUUGCAAAAUGGAGUGAUAGCUUUCCUUCUUCAAGAACCCUUUUCCCCUUUACAAAACACCUACUUUACCACCACCAAAGCACCCCCAGACCAUCACAUUGCCUCCACCAUGCUUAACAGAUGGCGUCAUGCACUCCUCCAGCAUCUUUACAUUUUUUCUGCGUCUCACAAAUGUUCUUCUUUGUGAUCCGAACACCUCGUACUUAGAUUCGUCUGUCCAUAAUAAUUUUUUUCAAUCUUACCUUCUCCAGUGUCUGUGUUAUUUUGCCCAUCUUAAUCUUUUAUUUUUAUUGGCCAGUCUGAGAUAUGGCUUUUUCUUUGCAACUCUGCCUAGAAGGCCAGCAUCCCGGAGUCAUCUCUUCACUGUUGACGUUGAGACAGGUUUUGCAGGUAAUAUUUAAUGAAGCAGUUGAGGACUUGGGAGGUGUCUGUUUCUCAAACUAGACACUCUAAUGUAUUUGUCCUCUUGCUCAGUUGUGCACCGGGGCCUCCCACUCCUCUUUCUAUUCUGGUUAGGGACAGUUUGCGCUGUUCUGUGAAGGGGAGUAGUACACAGCGUUGCAUGAGAUCGUCAGUUUCUUGGCAAAUUCUCAUGGAAAUGGAAUAGCCUUCAUUUCGCAGAACAAGAGUAGACUGAUGACUUUCAGAAGAAAGUUCUUUGUUUCUGCCCAUUUUGAGCCCGUAAUCAAACCCACAAAUGCUGAUGCUCCAGAUACUCAACUAGCCUAAAGGCCAGUUUUAUUGCUUCUUUAAUCAGAACAACAGUUUUCAGCUGUGCCAACAUAAUUGCAAAUGGGUUUUCUAAUGAUCAAUUAGCUUUUUAAAAUGAUAAACUUGGAUUAGCUAACACAACGUGCCAUUUGAACAUAGUUGCUGAUAAUGGACCUCUACACGCCUAUGUAGAUAUUUGAUUCAAAAUCAGCCAUUUCCAGCUGCAAUAGUCAUUUACAACAUUACUAAUGUCUACACUGUAUUUCUGAUCAAUUUUAUGUUGGACAAAAACAAGGACAUUUCUAAGUGACCCCAAACUUUUGAACUGUAGUGUAUAUGUAUAUAUAUACUUUUUUUAUAGUUCACUAUUUCCCUCUAUAUCUGCACCUUGUAAUGAGCAUUACUAACAACAUAAAACGUCUGUACCAUGUCUAUGUGGUGCAGAGACUGUACAGAGCGGGGGGGUGUGUGUGAACUGUGAGAGAUGUUGUUUUUUCCUUAUCAGUGUUAUCCCAAGACAUAUUUUUAUAGGCGGGACUCAAAAGCCCCAACAAUUGUUUAUUGAAAGGGGACGUUAUUGUUGUGCUGUAUCCAAUUUGUAAAUAAUCUUUACAUCUAAAAAAGCUUGUUUAAUACGUGUUUUAUACACACGAUCUGUUUAAUAACAUACUUUGUGGUCUGGUUUCCCCUGACACAGAUUAAGUCUAAUCCAAGACUAAACAUUUACUUCAGUGGAUAUUCUCCAUUGAGCAUGCUUUUAACUCCAGGACUAGGCUUAGAGCUAUAUUCAGCCUCGUCCAAAUGAAAACCAUGACCUUCUUUUUAAAUCUGUUUGUACUUUUUAUUUGCUUGAUCUCAAUGUGGAGGCUAUUACAUAGACAAAUGCCUGUAUAGAAAAACGUGCUCCUCGCAGUACUGUUUACUCUUGGGAUUUUACAAGAUGUGAACACAAGCUCUGGUAUUGUAACUGUGUUGGUUAUAGACCAUAUGAGUUCUAUGUUCAUAGAUUGAGCCAGCCAAGUUUCUGCAAGGUAAAUAAAUAUAGAAGAUUUUCUGAUAGGAGACUCUCGAACAAAGCUCUCCAUCGAGUGACUGGGCAUUUGCCAAUACAACGGAGGAGAGUGCCAGUCGAUUUCCACUUUUCUCUCCAUGCGUAUUCCGACCUUGAAUUUAAGCAUGAGAAUAGCGUGCUAUUCACCUGCGAUUCGUUUUGGGUGGCGAUCGAAUGAAUGAAGUUGUGGCGGAGGUGUAUCCACAGAUGUGGCGGAGGUGUAUCCACAGAUAUGCCGUAUUCCGACCUUUAUUUAAUACCAUAAUAAUUCUACCGCCUUUACGCGCGAGGAAACCACGAAUAAGGCCUAGUGAACCUACCGGUUCCAAGUGGAACUUUAUUUUUCCCGAUAGAAAUAACAUCAUUCUCCAUGCACUGUAAUUUACAACUUGAUAAGAGCUAGGUAAAUGAUUAAUCCUUUUGGAUAAGGGAAUUGUAAAUACAAAUUACUCUUGUUUUCGAUCUAUUUUACAUGAUUAUCGCUGGAGACAAAUGUGAGACCAGUCAUAUGGCAGCAAACUGAAGGAUAUAAAGUUUUGAAACCGAUGUUUAUUUGUGUACCAGUUCAUAAACAAUGUGGUUCGAAAAUCUCUUCCCAACUAUUUACAACCUAUAUGGCACAGCUGUACAUUUUUUGGUCCUUAAAUGAAGCUAGUAUACUUUUUUAUUUAUCACAAUGUUCUUUAACUAGUUUUGGUCUUUAACGACAUUGCCUCUUUUUUUUUUGUUGCUGAAAUUGGUUGGUUGUAAUUUUGGAUAGGACAGACAUUUCCAUAUAUUUAGUUAGCUGCAUGUUUGACAUAACUCCACCAGUCCUAUUCAUGAUAUAAUUUACAAAGUUGAUAACGUUUUUUAUUUUGUAUUAUUUUUAAAUAAAUUAUUAUAUUAUAUUAGUUUAACCACAAUAUAUCUUGUAAUAUUUGUUCUAUUCAUUUUUCUGGUAGCUUAAACUGAAAUUGCAACCAACUUAAAAUUUUUUUUAAAAAAAGCAAUUUGGAGCUGAUUUCAUUUUCAAAUAACCGAAAGUGAGAGAUUGUAAUCUGAAUAAAGGGAAAAAGCCAUUGUUACUAAUCUGCUAGAGAACCAGUUUGGAUUUAAUUAUAGCUUUUGUGUGACUGCGGCCUUUAUUGAGAGGUCUAAUGCUUUAAUAUUUAAUCAUUUCUGCCUUCCGAAUUCAUAUUCAUUAUAUAAAUAGGACUGUUUAAUUUUGUCUGGUACCUGGUAUGUCCACUUCAACACCAGAUCUGUCUAUUAUCAUAGAUCAGUUAUCAUAGUUCAGUUGAGUUGUAAUCCAGAGAGGUUAGAAAAAUCAUCUAUGAGGCUGUGGAGGGAUUCAAAUUGUGGCUUUAAAAGAAAAUAUGAAUCAGUAGGGUACAAUGACGCCUUCGUUUUUAAGCCCUGGAAUUUUAUGCCCCUUGAUAUUAUUGUUGGAUCUGAUUUGAAUAGCUAACAUUUUGAUGGCCAUAAUAAAUAGAUAUGCAGAUAGUGGACAACCUGGUUUUACUCCUCUUGACAGUUUAAAUCUUUCUGAGAUGUAGCCAUUAUUUACUAUUUUACACCCAGGGUACAUAACUUUAAACCAUUGUAUAAGAUAUUCUCCAAAAUUAAAAUAGUAUCUAGACAUGUAUAUAUAAAUUACAGUCGUACUUUUAUCAAAAGCCUUUUCAAAAUCAGCUAUGAAUACCAGGCCUGGUUUCUCAGAUUUUUCAUAGUCUUCUAUUGUGUUCCAGUCUUAUAUUAUCUCCAAUGUAUUGUUAAUGUAUACAUUUUUUAAACUUUCUGAUUAGGGUGAAUUAUAUCCGACAAUAUCGUAUUAAUUCAAUGCGCUAUACAUUUUGCUUGAAUUUUUUGCAUCACAACACUGAAGUGUAAGGGGCCUCCAAUUAUUUUUAAAUGGACUGGAUCUUUAUAUUUACCAUCUAGGUCCUGUUUCAGUAAUAGUGAAAUCAGACCUUCUUGUUGAGUAUUAGAUGGUCUACUGUUUUUAUAGGAGUGGUUUAAAAAAAAUGCUAAUAACGGUCCUCAGAGUACAUCUAAAAAGGUUUGAUAUACCUCAACUGCUAUGCCAUCCAGCCCUGGAGGUUUCCCAGACUUAAAGGCAUCAAGAAGUUCACUCCUCUAUAAUUUGGUCUUCACAUGAGCCUUUCAGUACAGAUGUCAAUUUUCCAUUAUUAAAAGAAGAAAAAAAUCCUUACAAUUAACUUUGGUUAGUGGAGAUGGAGACUGAAACUAAAACAUAUGCUUAUAGCACAUUCCUUCCUCUUUUAAAAUGUUGUUGGGUGACUGAUCUGUACCUUGACACAAUCCUGUCUCUGAGCUCUAUGGACAAUUUAUUCAACCUCAUGGCUUGGUUUUUGCUCUGACAUGCACUGUCAACUGUGGGACCUUAUAUAGAUAGGUGCGUGCCUUUCCCAAUCAUGUCCGAUCAAUUGAAUUUACCACAGGUGGACUCAGGGUGGCAGCGUAGCCUAGUGGUUAGAGCGUUGGACUAGUAACCAGAAGGUUGUGCUCGGGGGUUCGUACAUCUGUCAUUCUGCCCCUGAACAGGCAGUUAACCCACUGUUCCCAGGCUGUCAUUGAAAAUAAGAAUGUGUUCUUAACUGACUUGCCUGGUUAAAUAAAGGUUAAUUUUUUUUUUUUAAUUGUAGAAACAUCUCAAGUAUGGGCAAUGGAAACAGGAUGCACCUGAGCUCAAUUUCAUGUCUCAUAGCACUUAUGUAAAUAAUAUAUUUCUGUUUUGUAUUUUUUAUAAAAAAAAGUUUCUACAAA